CGGCUAAUGAGCCCCUGCUUCUUCGGGAUCACGCUCCAACAAGGGGCACAACUCAUCGCUGCCAUAAAUAUCGUUUUGGGGGUCUGGUUCGUCAUCAUCUUUACCUUGUAUUGCGUCACGAUUGGAGCUGAAGUUAAUGAAGUCGCCGGGGGCGAACUUACCGGUAUGAUUAUCGCGUACUGGGUGAUCGUUUGCGUCCUCGUCUUUAUCAGUGCCAUCAUGAAUUUUAUCCUCUUGUUCAAGGGGGCAAAUGAGAGGUCACCCAAAAAGGUGAAAUUCUUUCUCAUCGCGCUGGUCGUCAUCGUCGUGGUGGGAUUUAUCGCCACCCUCGUGCGACACUUUUCCAUCGCCACGUUCUUCAUCACGUUGCUGUCCGACCUGCCCGUCGUGUACGAGUUGUGGGUCGUGUACUGCUUUUACAAGGAGAUUUCCAACGUGGAUCAGUACACUGGAGAAACCGGAGGAAAUUAUCAGGAGCCGUAAACACAUAUUUGAUUAAAACAGUUCAAAGUUUCAAUAAUUUUACUUAUUACGUGUCACUGAGCGGGUUCACGUCAACCUUUGUAACUUUGUGUGUCAGUAAAUGGUAACGAAACGACAUCAUGAGCGAGGCAUAAUUUUUGGAGAAUUUACAUAUGUACACACAUCGUUUCCAAAGUUGACGAUGUGAACUCGCUCAAUGAAUAAUUUAUAAUUCCUCUGCUCAUUAAGUUAAUUAAUCGUGUAUGUAAAUAUUUAUUCGAGCUGAAGAAGAAGAAAAUGGAGAAGAAAAUCAUAGUGCGAAUAAUUGUUGCCACUUAUCAUCGUUAAAAUUAAGACAAAUUGUGCAAUAUUAUGUACGUGGAAUUGUGUUCUACAUAUUUUUGUGAGGGAUGCUGACUAGCAUGCGUCAGAAUUCGAGCAGUGGUGCGGAGAGAAUUUAUUAUGGGAUAUUUUAUUUUAUUGAUAAUAAUACAUAAUUGAAAUCAGAUCAAUAAUUCAAUAAAACUAAUUCCAGUGUUGUGAAAAAUUUGGUGCUUUAUUUCAGUUGGCAAUGUAAAUGAUGACGAAAAAUGGCUUCGGAAAAUUUGUACUUGCAAAUGAAAGUGGUGAAAGAGUUCAAUUAAGGGUCGAAUGAAAAAGUUGGGUGAAAGCUCUUCAUCCUUGAAGUUUUAGGAAAUUUUACCAAAUUUGUGACUUAAAAAUUUUAAAUUUCCACACACGCUUGACUUUGACUCCCCCAGGAAUAAAAAGUCGUCCUAAAAUAAUACUAUUCGCCUCGCCAAGAAAAACUACCAAUUAACAAAAACUAAUUAUCGAGCACGACAUGAGGUUAAAUUUAACAUAUUUGACAUGUGUGCAUUAUUUAUUUGCCGCGUCUUGAAUUAGCCUGAUAAAUGACAAGUAUUGGAACUAAUAAGCAAUUACACAUCGAAUAAAGUUGACGCGACUCUGGAGGAGACGACGCCCAGAAAACAAUGACAAUUGGUUAGCAGACUCUCGUCCACAAACUGUUAUGCCAAAGAUCCGACAUGAGGGGACAUGCCAGGUUCGGGACACUUCUAUUAUUAGGAUACUGAGUACGAGAGAAAGAGAGAGAGAGAGAGGUGUUCAGUAUGGAUUUAGCUUUAGGAUAAGUGUGGCUUGAGCCAUGGUCUUAGUUAAGGAUAAGUAGUCAGAGUUAUGGAAAUAAAGGAAAGUUUAAGAAAAACAUCCCGAAUCUGUCGACCACGGUUAUUCCGCACCCCUCAUAGCCAUCGUCGUUCGUAACAAAACACAAGCAUAAAUUGCUCGAUACCUCCGAAAUCUUGAGAAUUUAUUUUUUUGCAUCAACUUAUCCUUAGCAAUGGAUAAAAUAAAGAAUCCAUCAUUAUUCUUCAUAGACAUUCCUCCUAAAAUUAACCCAAUUAAGGUUGUAAAAUCCUUGCAUGCUAAUUCACAUAUGCCGAACAGAGACAACGAUACAAUCACUAAUGUCAAAAAAGAAGCAAAGUUUUACGAAGUUGUCAAAAUUUACAGUAUUUUAUUCUAUAUUUCACGCCUUUUUGGCUUUCUCCCUGUAAGAAUUAUAUCAAACAAGGGUGCAACACGGCUUGAAUUUAAAUUAAAGUCGGCAUGGUUCGCGUACUGCGUCAUCAUCACAAUUUUAAUGUAUUUCGCGCUCAUAACCUACUUUCUAAACAGGGAGUUCAAUAUUGACCUUGGUUUCCAAGUAUUUACUCGUGCCGCGGAAUCGGACGGAUUUUUUCAAAACCGACAAGCCCCCACAAAAUCAUCUACGGUCCUCGUAAUUGACCGCGCAUUUCAAGUAAUGCUCCCUAUAUACGGAUUCGUCAAUACGACCUCCGUCCGCAUACAAAUUAACAAAUUUGUCCGCUUUGUCAAUACCUGGUCAGAAAUUUCUAAACAUUUCGACACCGCUUUUGGAUCCGAUUAUGCCAUGAAUUUAAAUUGCUUACUCCAGUUUAAAAAAGGAUUGAGCUUCGUACUAAUCUUCACCUAUUGUUCAACACUCUAUAAAGCCGUCACAUAUCCAGGCCGCAUGUUAACCGAGGAAUUCGCACUGUUUGAUAUAUUUCUGAAAUUUAGUUUCGUCGCAUUUGUCACCACUGCGUUCACGAUUUCCACAGCUAACACACUUUUAAGUUUAGUGACGGUGUGGAUCUUUUACAGAGAGAUCCUACACGGGAUUCGCACCCAGUAUGAAAACGGCAUCCGAAUAACGGAUCGUCACGUUAAUGAGUGGAAAUCCUUGAUUAUUUCGGUCCGAGAACAAGUCAAGAUUUUUGAGGAAAUUAGUUCAAUUCCGGAGUUGAAUGACUUGUUUUUCUUUUUUGUAUCGAGUUUGUGCAUUUCUUACAUGGCAUUUAGCCUCGUCUUGGAGAAUGUGGAGGAGAGUGGAGCCAUGAUCCCGUAUGCUGUGGGUGGUUUGGUAUUUUCCAUGGCGAGGACGUACAUGAAGGGAAGUUUGGCCGAAGUUUUGAAAGAAGAGGAACAAAAAAUUGCAAGGUUUAUAGUAUCCAUGAGACCAGAGGGAGGGCAAUGUUUCCAAGAAAUGGAAAGAGCUGGAGAGCAUUAUAUCGAUUCCAGGGCACGUGUUGAAAUGCAACUAAUUUCGAACAUGAUAUUAACAAAUCCUACCCAAGUUACGUUUGGAAAUGUGAUUGUUCUCAAUAAGAAGUUACUAUUGUCCGUGUGCAGCAAUCUUGCGUCGUAUCUUGUUGUUCUCCUUCAAUUUAAGAGACCAGCAUAAUUUUUAAAUAAGUAUGUAAAUGCCUCAAUAAAUCAUGUGAACAAAAAGAGCUU